AUGUCCUCCCUCCCCACACGCCUCGCCCUCGGCCUCCUCUCCACCCUCUUCAACACCCUCAUCAUAGCCGGCAUCACCCUCUGGGACCUCUCCCUCAUCCUCUACAACCUGGUCGCGCCCGCGAGGGCGGUGGGCAAGGUCACGCCGGUUGGGUAUGCGGGCGAGGGGGGUAAGUGGCCGGAGUGGAGAGAGCCCGGGGAGGGAGAUAGUCGGUGUUCGUGUCCUGCGUUGAAUGCGAUGGCGAAUCAUGGCAUUCUCCCCCGAAACGGCCGCAACAUCCCCUUCCGCACCCUCUCCGCCACCAUCCGCCCCACUUUCAACUUCGCCCCCACCUUCUGUGUCUUCGUCCCGCGAUACAUGGCGGGGAUCUUGGGACGGAAUUAUUGGACGGAUAGUCUCGAUUUGGCGGAUAUCGAUGUGCAUAAUGGGAUAGAGCACGAUGCGUCGUUGUUGCGCGAAGACGCCAAAACAUCCCCGGACCAAUCCCGCCCCUGUCUCCGCCUCGUCGCCCAGCUCCUCGACUCCGCCACCGGUCCCCCUCCCGCCUCCAACCUCAAUGGCAAUGGCAAAGCAAAAGAAAAGUCCGACGACGACAACGAGAAGACGUUGACGGUGGCGGACCUCGCAAGGGUGACGUCCCAAAGGAGGGCAGAGUCGAGGCGGGAGAACGGACAGUUCUCGUUGAGUACGUUCCAUAAGAUGUUUGGGAGCUCGAACUCCGCAACCCUCCUAACGAUCUUCGGCGGCCGCGUCUCCGACCUAUCCACUUUCCUGACCGAAGAAAAACUCCCAGACGGUUGGGAAUCGAGGAUUAGGAACCCGAUGGGGCUUACGAUGGGCGAGUUUCAGUUGACUGUGUUGGGGAUUGAGGGAGGGGUCGAGGGGGAGGUUGAGGGGGCUGUGAGGGGGUUGGUGAGUUAG